GACAGUUACCGCUCUAUGUAGUAUAUCCGUGAUGGUGACUCGCGAAAUCUCUUGGUUCUUGAAUGACCAUUUUAUAACCUUAAAUAUUUGUAGGCAGUUAAAAAGAAAUUGUGUUUGUUGCCUAUAAUUAUUUGGAAAAUAAGUGAAUAAAAUGCCUGAAAGUACCAAAACAGACACGAAACCAAUUAAAGAAGUGAAGAAUGGAAAAGAAGACGAUAAAAAUGAACUGUCAGAAGAAGAUAAGCUUUUGCAGGAGGAAUUAACUUUGCUUGUGGAACGUCUUCAAGAUGCUAACACCAAAUUGCAUUAUCCUGCUUUAGAAUCAUUACGCUCACAUAUUCGUGCAUCAACAACGUCAAUGACAAGUGUUCCAAAGCCAUUGAAAUUUAUGCGACCUCACUAUGAUACUAUGAAAAGCAUACAUGAUAAAAUGACCAAUAUUAAAUGUAAGGAAUUAUGUUCAGAUAUUAUUUCGGUUUUGGCAAUGACCAUGGGCGAGGGCCGAGAAUGCUUGAAAUAUAGACUCACAGGCUCGGCAUUGGCGAUUGGUGAAUGGGGACAUGAAUAUGUUAGACAUUUAUCAGGUGAAUUAGCUGGUGAAUGGGACGAAGUCACGGGUGACAACGUCGAGGUUACAAAUAAGAAACUUAUUGCUCUGGUACACGAGAUUGUACCUUAUAACAUGGCACAUAAUGCAGAGACAGAGGCAUGUGAUCUUCUAAUGGAGAUUGAGAGGUUGGAUUUGCUGGAACAAUAUGUCGAUGAAAGUGCAUAUCAACGAGUAUGUCUCUAUCUCACGAGCUGUGUAUCAUAUGUAGCUGAUCCAGAGAACAGCACUCUCCUUCAUGUUGCCUGUAAAUUAUAUCGAAAGUUUGGGCAAUAUCCUCAAGCGAUUAGGCUGGCGAUGCAACUCAAUGAUUUACCACUCAUCGAAUCGAUCUUCACGAACUGCCGAGACCUUUCUGUGCAAAAACAACUGGCUUUCAUGUUGGGUCGCCAACAAAUUUUCUUGGAGUUACAUGAAGCUACAAUAGAGGAUGAUGAUCUGUUCGAAAUAAUGUCCAAUUCCCACCUAAACAAUCACUUCCUGAAUUUAGCACGUGAAUUGGACAUAAUGGAACCAAAGACACCCGAGGACGUUUACAAAUCUCAUCUGGAAAACUCACGACCGCCGUUUGGUGGAGGCCAGGUUGAUUCGGCACGGCAGAACCUUGCGGCGAGUUUUGUCAAUGGUUUUGUAAACGCUGCAUUUGGCCACGACAAGCUGCUAAUUGAGGAUGGUAACAAGUGGUUGUACAAAAACAAGGAACAUGGCAUGUUGAGCGCGACUGCAUCUUUAGGUUUGAUCCUAUUAUGGGACGUUGAUGGUGGUUUAACACCGAUUGAUAAAUAUUUAUAUUCUUCGGAGGAUUAUAUCAAAUCUGGCGCUUUGUUAGCCUGCGGAAUCGUCAAUUGCGGCGUGAGAAAUGAAUGCGAUCCUGCCUUGGCUCUACUCUCCGAUUAUGUGUUGCACAACAGCAACACUAUGCGUAUCGGCGCUAUUGUUGGCCUCGGUAUCGCGUACGCUGGCUCCAACAGAGAAGGCGUGUUGGGUUUGUUAACACCAGUCUUGAGUGAUACCAAAUCAAGUUGGGAAGUGUUGGGUAUGACUGGAUUGGCAUUGGGAAUGGUCGCCGCCGGUUCCUGCAACGCUUACGUCACAACGGCGAUUAUGCACACGCUGAUGGAUAAGUCGGAGUCCGAUCUUAAGGAUACAUAUGCGCGUUUUUUGGCACUCGGUUUAGGAUUAUGUUUUCUGGGUAAACAAGAAGCAGCGGAAGCAAUAAUAGCAGCUUUAGAAAUUGUUCAUGAACCAUUCAGAUCGAUGUCGACGACACUAGUAGAAGUCUGUGCGUAUGCUGGUACGGGAAAUGUUCUCAAGAUCCAACACUUGCUGCACAUCUGCUCAGAACACUACGAGUCGAGCAAUGAGAAGGAAGAGAAAAGCGAACGUAAAGAUAAAGAUAAGAAAGAAGAGAAGAAGGAAGACAAGGAGAAGGAUCUGAGCUCCAGGCAGGCUAUCGCCGUCCUUGGCAUUGCCUUGAUUGCCAUGGGAGAGGAAAUCGGCGCCGAGAUGGCUUACAGAACCUUUGGUCACCUACUGCGUUAUUGCGAGCCCGUUAUUCGCCGUUCAGUACCACUCGCCCUGGGUCUCAUCUCGGUAUCAAAUCCGAAAUUAAACAUCUUGGACACGUUGUCCAAAUUCUCGCAUGACAGCGACCCUGAGGUAGCACACAAUGCGAUAUUCGCUAUGGGUUUGGUCGGUGCUGGUACGAAUAACGCGCGAUUAGCCGCCAUGUUGAGACAACUAGCUCAAUUCCACGCAAAAGAUCCUAACAAUCUUUUCAUGGUACGCAUCGCACAAGGUUUGACGCAUCUGGGUAAAGGCACGCUCACUUUAUCGCCUUAUCACAGCGAUAGACAACUACUCAGUCCCGUUGCUCUCGCUGGUCUUCUGUCGACAUUAAUCGGUUUCUUGGACGUGAAAAAUAUUAUUCUCGGGCGUUCGCAUUACCUAUUGUACACGCUGGCUGCUGCAAUGCAACCCAGGAUGCUGGUAACAUUUGAUGAGGAUCUGAAUCCACUGGCUGUGCCAGUUAGAGUCGGGCUUGCUGUCGACGUUGUCGGCCAAGCAGGCAAACCGAAGACUAUCACGGGUUUCCAAACGCAUACCACUCCAGUGUUGUUGGCAUAUGGCGAGAGAGCAGAACUUGCCACUGAGGAAUAUAUACCAUUAACACCGAUUAUGGAAGGUUUUGUAAUCUUAAGAAAGAAUCCGGACUUUAUACCUUAGUCACUGUAAUUCUAUUAAAUAUAUUCUUAUCGAUCAAUGUACUGAACUUCGUACUGAAUUACUUAUAAGAUAGAAUAAUAUAAGUAUUUCAUUAUUCAUUUCGUGAAAGAUAUUCCGCAUAUCUCCUUUUUGUAAGAAUCAAAAUGCGUUCUACAAUAUUUUCGUUAUGUUGCGCAGGAAAAAAUACAAGGCAAUAAUAUUUCUUAUUUAAUAGUAAAAUGCACAGAUUUUAAUAAUAAAAAAUACUGAUACAAUAUGUAUAAAAUCUCGCUCAGUACGAAUUUUGUAUGCAAUAUACAUCGUAAAAAAAUCAAUAUAAAACGGUAUUUUACAUUCUUAGCGAUAACAAUCGGUGAACAUUAACUUUUUUAUAAGUACCAGUCAAGUUGUACACAUGUCACAUGUUAAGUCGUGAUCGCCAUAUCGACAUAAGUCAAGCUUGCACAACUUGCUGAAUAGACAAUCGCGGGCACAUUUUCUCUAAAAAUAGAAGUGGUGCAUAUUAUUGACGAUAGUAGCGAGUAUGUUGGAGUAUUAAUUUAAUUCAGUUGCUACCGAGUUAUCCGACUUGCUGUCUGGAUCAGUCAGUUGUGCAGAUUUGAUACAAAUUACAUUCUAAUGUUUUCUAUAUUUUGCCGCUAUCUUAUUAACUGAAAACUGAGAUAGUCUAUUAUGAUCAUGUUAGUUUGUUAAAGUGUAUGUAUUAAACGAAAUGUCCACAAAUAAAAAUGUAUGUCAAUAAAAUACGUUAAUCGUAAAACUUUA